AUGAGAGACGCAAUGCCUUCUCAUGUGAGAUUGAUAGCAACGCCUCGGUUUCUAGCGACAGGGAGAAGCUAUGAAGAUCUGAAAUUUUCAAUGCGAGUUUCCCCUCAAGCACUCGGAGAUAUAAUCAUAGAAACCUGCAUAGCAAUACAGAUAGCACUACGAGAUUUCAUUCAAAUUCCUCAAAGUGAAAAAUAUUGGAAAAAGGUAGCUUAUGAGUUUCAAGAAAAAUGGCAAUUCCCACGCUGUCUCGGUGCGGUCGAUGGCAAACAUGUUCAAAUAAAAAAACCGGCAAAUUCAGGCUCUCGGUACUUCAAUUACAAAGGUACUUUUAGCGUCGUAUUAAUGGCUGUAGUUGACGCUAAUUACGAAAUUUUAAUGGCUGAUGUGGGAAAAAGUGGAAGAAUUUCGGAUGGAGGCGUGAUUAAAAAUACAUCUUUCUACAACAGUCUUAUAGAAGGUGAACUAAACAUUCCACCUCCUGAACGCCUUCCAGGAAGCAACAAGACUGCUCCAUAUGUUUUCAUUUCAGAUGAGGCUUUUCAGUUGACGGAUAAUUUCAUGAAACCAUAUGCUUUGUCUGUGCUUAAUAAUGAAAAACGCAUUUACAACUAUCGUCUAUCAAGAGCAAGGAGGGUCGUUGAAAAUUUUUUUGGGAUUCUAGUAUCUAG